UCGUCAUGUGGUUUACAGUAACCAAUCGGAAUUGUCAUCCGUAUUUCGAAAGGUUGAUAUCGCCUGAUUUUCUCAUGAAUAUUCAUUAUAAACCUUCCGAUCGGAUAACUGGUGACGUUUCAGAACUAAAAUUCGUUUGAGAUCACAACACCCAUUCUGCGAGAGUGCGAUUUUUAAUUUUGACGUUGUGGAAAAACUUUCAUACAUCUAGGACUUCAAAUUUUUCAUAGAAUUACAGUGUUUUAUAUGCUAAAUUAGCGGAUCAGCCAGACGUCUUUUCAAGAUCCCCAUUUGACCUCGCUGUUACAACUACUGGGAUCGACCACCACGUCUGACGUGUAGUCCAAGCAGCUCACAUAUUUCAGGAUAUAAAGUGAAAUUUUGGCAAAAAUGAAGAAAUUAUCCGUUCUGUUUUUUGCUGUGAUUGUUAAUAUCCUAAUAUCAUCAAUAACUUGUGAAGAAGCUGCCAGUUGUUUUGAGACUCAAUUUAAAUGCGUGACAACAGGACGAUGCGUUGCGAUGAACUGGAGAUGUGAUGGGGAUAGCGAUUGCGGAUACGGUGAUAGAUCAGACGAGGAAAAUUGUGAUUCAAAAACAUGCCCUCCAGAUGAAUUUCAGUGUGCCUCAGGACAAUGUAUACUUGCGAAAUGGAAAUGUGAUGGAGAAAAAGAUUGUUAUGAUGGCACAGAUGAAUCAGCUGCUGUCUGCAAUGGUACCCAGUGUAAGGAUGAGGAAUUCAGAUGUAACAAUGGACAGUGUAUCUCAAAUAGUUGGCGAUGUGACGGAACCAAAGAUUGUUCAGAUGGUGAAGAUGAAACUUGCGAUGCUCCAACAUGUGCUGAGGAUGAGAUGCGAUGUGCCAAUGGUAAAUGUUUGACGAAAAAAUGGCUAUGUGAUGGUGAAGAUGAUUGUGGUGAUAGCAGUGAUGAGAAGAAUUGCACCUCAGUUUGUACUGCUGACCAGUUCCAAUGUGCAGAUGGUAAAUGUAUAGAUCAAGACUGGAAAUGUGACGGUGACCAUGAUUGUGAUGAUCAUAGUGAUGAAACCAAUUGUAAGGCAGAGCCACCCAAGAACACCUGUAUCGAUACAGAGUGGGCAUGUAUGUAUGAGGAACAGUGUAUUCUCCUCAACUGGAAGUGUGAUGGGGAUGAAGACUGCUUUGAUGGAUCAGAUGAAAAGAAUUGUACCUACACAUGCUCUGCUGACCAGUUUAAGUGUGAAACUGGACACUGUAUUGAUCAUGUUAUGAGAUGUGAUGGCCUCCCAGACUGUACUGAUGGUUCAGAUGAAUUUAAUUGUACGUCUGUUAUUCAACAUUGCCCAGAUAAUCAGUUUGAUUGCUUUAAAAAUGGAAAGAAAUGUAUUGACUACACCAAAGUAUGUGAUCAUUUGAAUGAUUGUGGAGGCUGGGAAGAUGAAUCAACAACUAUCUGUGAUGCGGUGUUUAAUGGGACCAAACCUGGAACAGACCCAUGCAAAACAAAAAAUGGUGGUUGUGACCACGUUUGUGAACCACUGGUAGGAGCAAAAGCUAAAUGUUCAUGUAACAGUGGAUACAAACUAGAGGGGACAAGCAGAUGUGUCAAUAUUGAUGAAUGUAAAGAAAGCAGCAUUCCAGUUUGUUCACAACUCUGUCAUGACGAAAAGGGUCAUUACAAAUGUGAGUGUGUGGAAGGCUACAGGAAGGAUUUUAUUCUGGGUAAACCAGGCAAAACAACUUGUAAAAUUGAUGGUCCAAGACCUUGGUUGCUGUUUGCCAACAAAGAUGAUGUUAGAAGGUUGGAAGUAGGGACUUGGUUGUUGGAACCAGUUGUAGAAGGACUUUCAAGUGCUGUUUCUGUUGCUUUCUAUAAAGAGAAAUAUGUUUAUUGGUCUGAUGUCAAUCUACAGAAGAUAUCUAGGACUGAAAUCGGGAAUGGCACCAUGAUGAACAACAAAAAAGAAAUCAUUAAGGCUAACAUAGAUACACCUGAUGGUAUUGCUAUUGAUUGGGUCCAUGAUCUUCUGUACUGGACUGACACUGGAUUAAACAGCAUACAGGUAUCCAGUCUGGAUGGAGAUAAAACUGUCACAGUUGUCCCCCAUGAUUUAGAUGAACCAAGAGGAAUAGCUUUGGAUCCAAGAAAUGGGUACAUGUAUGUAACUGAUUGGGGUAAAAGUCCAAAGAUUGAGAGAAUUGGCAUGGAUGGAUCUGACAGAAAAAUCAUUUCCAAGGAUGUUGUCUGGCCUAAUAGUAUUACAAUUGAUUACAUUGAUGGUAGAUUAUUUUGGAUUGAUGCCAAACUACAUACAAUCAAGUCAGCUGAUUUAGAUGGAUUAAACAUCCGUACAGUUGUACACAAUGCUAAACACAUUGCCCAUCCAUUUGCUGUUGCUGUAUUUGAAGAUGAUGUCUAUUGGACUGAUUGGUCAUCAGAUUCAAUCCGUAAGGCCCACAAACAUACCGGAGAAGACUUCCAACAAGUAGCCCUAGGUCUUCAUUCGCCAAUGGACUUGAAAAUUUAUCAUUCAUCUAUACAAAAACCUGGAUAUAAUGCUUGUGCUAACAGGAAUGGAGGAUGUGAAUACCUGUGUUUACCAAAACCUAAUGGAAAGUCUACUGAUCCUAAUGUACCCAAAUAUACAUGUGCCUGUCCAGACAACAAAAAACUUUCCUUCAAUGGAAUGACAUGUGUUGAUAAAGAACCAACAGAUAUUCCUGUAAUAACUACAAGUGUAAAACCAGUUAAAUCUACUACUCCAUCACCUAAUAGUACUAAUAAGAAUCAUAGUUCAACUGCUGGUAUUACUGUUCCAACAACCAAAAAACCAGCCUCUACACCCAAGUCCGAAACAACACAAGCGCCUCAUGUGACUCAGAAACCAGUGACACAUCACCCUAUUGUGGUAUCUACUGGUGGACCAAAAUACACUACGUUUACAGAGAAACACAACAAAACUUUGGAACAUCCUAAAUCAUUGCAGGAAGAACAGGCAGGAAUUGUAGCAUUUGUUGCCAUUGGUGUUGUUGGUUUUAUUGUCAUCAUGUUCCUUAUCGUUGGAUGUUUUGUAUACAGAAGAGUUAAGAAACGUAACAUCAAGAGUAUGAACUUUGAUAACCCAGUUUACCGUAAAACAACUACAACAGAUGAUCAUCAUUCUGUGAUGAUUGGUCACCAGGGCAGGGAUGGACAUCAUAUUAAAGGAGAUCAAUCCGAAAUAAAGCCAUUGACAGAAGAUGUAUGAUGUAAAGAAUUCCAAUAGAACUUUUAAUUUUAAUCAUGGCUGUGGUAUAAACUUAACAAUUAUUGUCUAAAUAAUUGAGAAAAGGAAUUCCAGUGUAAGAACAUUCAUCAGAUAAAAUCUCAUGAUGCACCUACAUCGAUCAAAUUCAGUCCCAUUGGAACGUUGAUUGUAAAAUCUUGCGGAAGAUAGAUCUGAAAUACCCAAAGGCAGUCCGAAGAAGAAAUCAAGAAGGACCAAGUUUUAAUCCUAGAUACGUAGGAUAAUUUAAAGCAUAAUAUAUUUAUGAUGGCCCUUGGGUAACAAUGGGUAGUCAUAUCAUUCUUAGUCUUUGUACACUGGCAGCUUUGUUUUUGUUGUGAUUUACAUAAAACCUGGAUUUUUAUCAGUAACUGCAUUUAUUCUAGAAUUUUCUUAAUCUUGAUCAAAUAUACAGAUCUCCACUUUGUUUUUUUCUUGGUUCUUUAAAGAUAGGCAUCACAACAGCUGAAAUGUACAUAGAGACAUUCUGGAAAUAGUUCUCAGGUUUCUGCUCUGUGUCAGUUGAGACAAGUUCCAGUGAAUUUGCAUGAAGAACAAACAGAGAACUCGUGUUAAUUUGUGCUUAAUAUUCCCAACGUCACAUUCUGGUAAGAUAAGUGUAAUUGUUUAAAUGAUCAAGAUGAAUAAAAGGUUUAUAAAAUGUGUGAAUGGAACUUUGUUAAUGGAUAAAAUCCAUAGUUAAAAAGACUUGAAAGGUAAAUAUUGUGUGUAUGGAAAAUGGUGCUAAAGCCCUUGAAUGUAAUUAAUGGAGGUACUUGGAAGAAGAAUAUGUGCAUGUGUACGUCAUAGACUUGUUGUGUGCAAUAAUUGUCAUAGACCAAUGAUGUGAUCAUUCUUAGCUAAAAUCUUGGUUAGUUACUGUUACACAGCAAAUCACCUUUUUGAAUGAUACAGUUGCAAAUAUGUAUUAGACCAUUGUCUAAUUUUAAAAACAGUAUAUUAACAAAUAAAUGUCUUUGUUUGUACUGUGUUGUUGGGUUACCAUCUUGUUGAUGUAUAGCCAACAACACAUAUCUUAUUUAUAAAUGAUAAUUUCUUUAUCGGUACAUGUAAUAAUGAAAAUGAUGAAAUGGAAACAUUAUGAAGAAAAUAAAUUUCCAUAUGAUAUAUGAAAGAAAAAGUUCAGUCAUUGUCCUUUGAAAGUAGAACUAAAUUUUCCCUAAAGCAUUACCUUUAUUUAGAAUAUGUGGCCUACAUUUGCUGUUGUAAUAUUGUGACUAGACAUGUUUUGACCUUUGUGUAAAUGAUGUUAAUUGUGAAUAUAUAUGAACAUGAGAAGUAUUAGAAUUGUAUAUAGUUGUUUAUUUAUUAACUUUUGUUUUUGUUAAAUCUUUGUAAAUAUGAACAUACAAUCAUGAUGUAGUAUAUUUAUGUGAAUAGGACUUGCUUCCGAGUCCAUUAGUGUGAGAUAAAUAUUGGUGCUUACCUAGAAGGUAUAUAUAUAUAUAUAUCAAAGAGUACUAGAUCUGAUUCCCUACUAUGUUUAAUAACUGCUCAAAAACAAGUGAAAAGUUGUGAGGCAUUAUUAUUUAUUCAAUCAUAAACAAUAUUUUGUUUCCCCGUGUACAGUUUAAUUUUAUAGGAAUUUCUCUUGAAUAUUUUUAAAUUUGAUACUUUUCUGUAUGGACCAGUGAAAUCUGACAAUUCAACAUCAUAGUCUUGCAUAAUAAUAUUUCCUUAAGAAUCUCAAUUGUAAAAUUCCAGAUUCUUUUAUUUAUUGUAACUAUACAUUGUAAAUAAAACCAGGGAUAGUGCUUUGUUAAAAGCUUGCAAAGGAAUUGCUUAUUAUUUAAAAGUAAUGUUUCAGUUUCUAACUGUGCCAAAUAUGAAUUACAGCAAGUCAUUUUUUUUUUUAUCUUUAUAAAAUGUUGAAAGGAAAUUUGUAAACAUCUAUUGUUCCAAAUGAAUUUUAAAGUAAAUUACCAUUUUUUACUUGAAUAAAACUUAAAAAAAAAAGAAAUUGCAGAAAUUUAAGCAUUUAGUUCUUUAGAAGUUUGUCAGUUAUUCAGAUGAAACCUUUUACUUUGUUUCAUAGUGUGCUCAUACAUUCCUCGGAUGGUUUUAAGCUUGAAGUGCUAAGUAUGCUUGAAAAGCAUGUUCCAAAUUAUGUUGCUUAAAUAUAGUGUCUAGUAUAUGAUUAGAUUGCUUUAUAUUUUUAAUGAGUGGUUAAAGUUUUAACCUUUUACAUUCCAUAAAACGUUCAAACAAUACCACUUCUUUCAGAUUAAAAAAGCAACAGCAUUGAUACAUAGGAAAAAAAAUGCAUUUUGUAUUCUUUUUUGUUUAUCAGGCUCAAAGAAUUACUUUAAGGAAGUUCGCUUAUAUCAUUCCUCAUUCACAUCACCAGAAGCAAUGUUCAUAGUUUAUUAUCUAAUUCUGAAAAAUAACACCACAUGUAAAUUAACAUAAAUUUUAAUAAAAUUGUUCUGUAACAUGAGGAGGCUUUGAAAAGGCUGUUGCAAGUCUGGUUUUGGUAAUUUAGAAUAAAGAAGCUCUUAUAAUCUCAUAUUUCAGAUAACUUUUAUGUGUAAUAAAAUAUCAAAAGGACAUAAUAAAAUGUUAAAAGGACGUAAUAAAAUGUAAAAGGACAAGAAAAUUGACCUUGAAAUGUAAGCAGUUUUAUCAUAUGUUCCCCCAAGUCAGGUUUAAUUAAUUAAAGCUCGUAUAUUUAUAUAAGAGAAAUAUUGCAUAUCAUUUUGAAUUAUUUCGAAGUUCCAUUCAUUAUUUAGUUUGUCUUUAUGCUUGUUUUUCAAGUAUGUAUGGUACAGUUUAGUAUGAGUGCUUUAUAUUGUAUUGUUAUGUAAAUAGGGUGUAAAUGUUGUUAAUGUGUUGCUUGUAAGAAGUUUGUACAAGUAAAAAAUUUAAAUAAUAAAAGAUGAAAAAUCCUU